AUGCCUACUUCUCAACAAAUUCACAACUCUCAGCCCGUUUCUAUCCCGGGUAAUCUCCCGGCUCCAGAAGUCCGACCUGGUCGGAUCGGUGGUCCUAAACUGGGAUGCGUAAUCCAAGCUCGUCAGGGACAGAUCGGUGGCCCUAAAUUGGGUUGCUUGCUCUCAUAA